AUGAUUGCUCAUCGCUCCAUACUCUUGCAGUGCUUUGCUUCGCGAUCUUGGCUCAUUCUCGACCAUCUGAGGGACAGCGCAACCCAUACCGCACAGUCGUCCAGGAUGACGACUAUUGUCGAAAACCUGUCGGAAUGCUUGAACUGCAACAGACACCAGUCAGGUCGUUUACAUACAGGGGUCAGCGAAAAGGGAUUCAUCUCAUAUGCAACACACUUCUCUCUUUCCGCACGGACGUUUGAUAUCUAA